UACCAUGCGACUGUGCGAUGUUGGUGUCGUCCCUACGCAGUUUGUAGAGAUGUCGAUCUGACGGGAAUUUCUGAUGUUUAGAUUUCUGCAGGUUUAGUCAUUGGGUCAAUAUUUUACUUUGCAGAGGCGUAGAGAAGGGACAUUGCCGCAACACAGAAUUAACUGAACUCUUACGGAUAAUAAAGGCUGCGCCAGCUAGCUGUUGUGUAAUUAGCUCGCUAGCCACUUCUGGCCAGCUAGCUAGAUGUAGCUGGCUAGCUCAGUAGCCAGCUAAUGUUUUGCAUUUCUUUUUUUCCCUAUUCUGCUGUGGUUGGCGGUAUUUAACUGGGUUCUAGAGGUCAACUUUUAAAGUGAUCGAGUGUUGUUUUCACUUUAUUGACAUGGAAUACAAUGGCGGUGUUACGGGUGCGGUCUUGGGUAGCGGCAGCAAUGUCCCUGCAUUCCUAACCAAACUUUGGACUUUGGUGGAAGAUCCAGACACUGACGAUCUCAUAUGCUGGAGUCCGAAUGGUAAUAGCUUCCAUGUAUUUGACCAAGGCAGAUUCUCAAAGGAAGUGCUUCCCAAGUACUUCAAGCAUAACAACAUGGCCAGUUUCGUCCGCCAGCUUAACAUGUACGGCUUCCGCAAAGUGGUCCACAUCGAGCAGGGCGGCCUGGUGAAGCCAGAGAAGGAUGACACUGAGUUCCAGCACCCAUACUUCAUCAGGGGCCAGGAGGUCCUCCUGGAGAAUAUCAAGCGCAAGGUCACCAAUGUUUCGAAUAUUAAACACGAGGAGCUCAAGAUCAGCCAGGAUGGCGUCUCCAAACUGUUGACUGAUGUGCAGCUUAUGAGGGGGAAGCAGGAGGCCAUGGAUUCCAAACUUAUCGCUAUGAAGCACGAAAAUGAGGCUCUCUGGAGGGAAGUGGCAACACUGAGGCAGAAACACGCUCAGCAGCAGAAGGUCGUCAACAAGCUCAUCCAGUUCCUGAUAACCCUGGUGCAGUCCAACAGAGUGCUGGGACUGAAAAGGAAAAUUCCCCUGAUGCUGAACGACAGCAGCACAGCUCACUCCAUGCCCAAAUUCAGCCGGCAGUACUCCCUGGAGCACCUGCAGGGGUCUCCCACAUUUUCGGCGUCUUCCACAGCGUUUGCAGGAGCCAGUCUCUUCCCCUCCGAUGGGGCAGUGAAAUCCGGCCCAAUAAUCUCUGACGUCACUGACUUGGCACAGACGAGUCCAGCCGAAGUCACGGAGGAGUGGACAGAGGACAGAGCGAGCCCCCUGGUGCACAUAAAGGAGGAGCCAGGAAGCCCCGCCCACAGCCCUGAGGUGGAGGAGGUGAUCCCAGCCGCAGCGGGCGUGGCGUCAGACACCCCCCUGUCACCCACCACCUUCAUCAACUCCAUCCUGCAGGAGAGCGAGCCUGCCCCAGCCCCAGCCCCGCCCCCGCCUCUGCCCCCAUCAAGCGCCGACCAGAAGUGUCUGAGCGUGGUCUGUCUGGACAAUGCUCCACAGAUGUCUGAGGUCGCUUGCGUUUUCCCCAGCCCCUCCUCAACAACUUCUCAUCCCAGACUACGCCCAGGGAAUGAGCUUAAUGACCAUUUGGAAAACAUUGACACUGGCUUGGAGAACCUCCAGACGAUCUUGAAUGGACAGGCCAUCAAUUUUGAUACUUCACCUCUGUUCGAUGUGUUCGGCUCCUCGUUAUCAAACUCCGAAUUCAGCCUGCCAGAUCUGGACACCAGUCUCGCAAGCAUCCAAGACCUGCUUAGUCAAGAUCAGAGAACUUCCGAGACGAAUGAAAACUCUACAGAUGCUGGGAAGCAGCUCGUCCAGUACUCGUCCCAGCAAGUCCUUCUGGCAGACCCCAUCAACACCGACAACAGUGGGGAGGACCUGCCCAUCCUGCUGGAGCUGGAGGGGGACUCCUACUUUAAUGACGACACAGAGGACUCUGCCAUUUCCCUCCUCACAGGCGAUUACCCAGCAAACACACCCCAGGACCCCCAGCUUUCAUAAAGACGAAUGCUUUUUAAUAAAGGGAUGUACAGUGCUGUGUAUCAGUUUCAUUGGUGGUUUAAAUGUACACUUGAACCACGUUAAAAAAUAUAUAUAUAUCGUAUUGCUGACUAAAGUGGGGCAAUAGUUAUAAAAAACUUUUAAGAAUAAACACUGCACAAGUUUCUGUAUUACAGUUUUCAACCUGAUUUGAAAUGGGUUAGGAUAUUAAGAGAUGGAAUAUGAACUGGCAUCAUCAGUGUCAGUUAUGAGGUUUUAUUUGAAAUGUCACAAGGACUGAAGCCCGAGUCAACUUACUGCAGUCUGGUUUGUGCUCAGCAAGUUUAAGCAAGAGUUGUAAUAUUUUGUUUAGUUUUUGUUUGUUUGACAGAUUGUUUCUUACAAAAUAUGUUUCAUUCUGACCUCGCAAGACAAUGUAAGAACCUUUUUUUUAAUGAACAGUUGCUUAAAUUUGUUUCUGAAAUUGAGGACAAAGUAGGUGACAGGUAGGGUGAAUCUGGGCUAAGUGUUUUUAUCGGUUUUGGUAAUGAAGCAGUUCACUCACUUGCAAGCUUGUACAGCUUUGUUGCUGAAUGUUACAGAUCUUUGGAAACUCUUUCCUGCUGGUUGUAGGACAGCAUUUUAACUUUAUAUUCUUAAUGCAUACAUUGUUGUGCUGUAAAAAGCUUGUGUAAUAUUCGGCGGUCUGUAGAUGUGAAUUUUUGUUUUACUUCUUCCCAUAUGCGAAUAUGUCAAAUCCUGGACACAGUGAUUCUGUUUCCAGGGUAUUCUUAGGAAGCAAGUUGUUCUGUUGUCUCGGCAAGAGUGCAGAUCUUUGAUUUGAUUAUUUUUUGAAGAAAAGAAAUACUCUUUAAGGGAUGAAAAAUGUAAA